GGUGUUGUUGUGAGCGGGACCUUGAGGGCAAGUGGUGAGGCUCACUCUCUUGUUAUUAUUAUCUCCUGCCUCCCUAAGUCACCCCGCAACCUCUCGUCAUGCUAGUGGCACUGUGAAGUAAUGUUUACUGUCUCAGAGGGUCAUGAAGGAGGCCAAUUUUGAGGAGUUGGUGGUGCAAUGUACAUCACAGAAGGUGGCUGUGCGAGUGCCUGCAUACCGCACAAUUACACAGAAAAGCACAGGAGAAUUGGAGAAAUUUGUUUGGAGUGAUUUUGCAUCUCUGGAUGAUACACACAAGACUCUUGUUAAUAUUAAAGCUGACUUGUUCAAUGAAACGCACGACAUCAGUUAUGAAGCUGCUGGAGUAUGUGGCUGUCUCUUGGCUAAUGAUAGCUUCCUCAGCCUGGUGAAUAGUGAAGAUGAAGCCAAUAUUUUAGAUGUAUUAAUUAAAGCUAUAAAAGAAACCAAAGAGAAAAAAGUCCUAACUAGAAGCCUUUGGAGUCUUGCAAAAAGCAGAUUAAACAAAAAUAUAUACUUAAAAAGAGUUCAUCAAAUUAUUGAAACAAUAAACGGCAUUCUUACUGUUGAAGAUGCCUCGUCCAUUACAGUUCACGAAGCAAUGCAAGUCUUUCAGUCAUUAUUAGGAAUUAUUCCCAAUGAAAUGGGUGAAGAAGCAAAACAGUGGUUUCCUAGUGUGUUUAUUUAUAUGUUUCACGAUGUUGGCCGAGUUCGCAUAGCUGCCUUUGCUACCUUGAGUAAAGCAAUAAUCGUACUUGAAAAAAUGGAAGAUUUUGAUAAUAUUAGAUUAAAUAUUGUGAAGGUGAUUAUCCCAGAUCUUAAAGCUCAACAUUGUAAACAAAUGAACCGCUUGGUGGGAGAAGAAUGUAUUGACAUACUGAAAGAAUGGAAGUUGAUUGUAAAAUUUUUAGGAAAGGAGUUGCAUCCUGGUACAUCACUCAUAAAUGGCCUCCUUGAAGUUGUGGAAAAAGGAUUCAAGAGUUCCAAACCAGAGAUAAGAGUUGAUGCUUUCAAAUGCUGGCAAGCUUUAAUUGAUAAUUUUUCUUUGGAUGAUAGUGUGCUUACUCACUUAAAAAGAUUAAAACUCUUACUUGCACCCCUUAAAGCUAAUAAUGCUAAAACAGAGGAUAUUGCAUAUGCAAAACUGUUAGCAUGGUGGCAUCUUAUUUGCAAACUUGGCAAGAAAGCAUCUAUAAAUUUUGACUUAAUUGUAAUACCACUACUAAGGUUUUGUUUUGGGUGUGGGUCACCUUCAGGUGGAGCAGCAAUUGGGUUAUCUGAAAGAAACCUUAUUAUGUCAGGUGCUACAGCAUCACCAGGACGAAAAUUUUCAGGUUUGCAUAUUGCAUGUGCAGAAAUUUUGGCCCAGAUUCUCUCUGUGGGUAUAGAUAUUCCAGGGCUUCAAACCUACAGCUUCAGUACACAGCAGAUGGAUGUGCCGAUACUCACAUCCCCCACACUAUUUGUUCGUUAUCAUCAGCUACUGUUGAACUGCAUUAGUGAAGCUGUGCAAAGUCUUAAUUCCAAAGAACAUAAACAGUACAAUCUUGGGGUGUUCCUGUUUCAAGCUGUCCUUGCACACAUAAGAGUUGCUAUUAAUCUUGAUGAAAACAAGAAAGACAAUGUGGAAAUAGUAAAAGAACUUUUUAAUACAAUAUCAUCAUUAGAGAGACUGUGUUCCCCAGGAGAUUCUCAGAGUCAGUUUGUAUUCAAAUUCCUUGAAAUGGUGACAGUUGGAAGUUUGGCACUACCAAGAACCGUUUUAAAUUCUCGACAUUAUCACAUCGCAACGGGAAAUACAAUGAGAGAUGUUAUGAGUGGAACGUUAAGCAAUCACCUGAUACAUCAGCUAUGUAAACCCUCUCUUCUUCACUAUGCUACAUCUAAGGAAGGAUUUUUUUCCAUGUGGUUGGCAGUACUGGCAAAUAGCAAGCCUUUAAGUGGAAAACUUGGGUUCUUGCAGUCUGUAAUGAAGGAGUUGGACUGUGCUGCUGCAGUUCUCUGCCCUGCUAACCCUAAUACACUGGUACAGAUGUGGUCUACGGUUGUUCAUCAACUCAUUGAACACAUUCAAGAGACACAGAUCAUAGAUCAGGGUGAUGGUGGUGAGCAUGAUUGGAGCUGCAUCUACAGUAUUCUUCUCUUCCCUAUCAAUCACUCCAUUGAUGCUCUCAGCUCUGCGGAUCACCUCGUCUAUCAACAAAUCAUGACAGACUGGAUUGAACUGUGGAUCAAAUUUACUGAGCUAACUCCAUUAACUCCCACGGCCGAUGCCAAUAGUGAAGUGGAGCAUGUGGCUCGUGCACUGAUUAAUGUGUGUGUUGGAAAGCUUACAGCGCCGCCUGACAUCCAUGCUGCUACAUAUACUUUGAUGGCACAUGUUCUGGCAGUUAUUACAGAAAAGUUUACAUAUUCAGAAUUGGGCAAAACCUCUGUGAGAUCUGUUAAUAGUCCAGCAAAGCCAAGAAAGAAACCUCAUCCACUUCACAACUUGGCAGCUUGUGUAGAACUUUAUGUGAUUCUCUUGCAGAGAGUGUUACGUAUAGUGUCCAAUCAAAGGCAGCGUGCUGCGGCAAAAUUAUGUGAAGCCAUCGUUCAUGUUUUCAAGGGUGUUCAGCAAACAAAAAUGGUGGAGUCAUUGGUAGAGCAAGUGAUCAGCCCAAUGUGUGACUCCCUGAAAGUAAACCCCGCUGCUAGGUUUAAUGCUGAAAUUGAAAAAAAGUUCAUUACAACGUUCAAAACUUUUGGGGCAUUGUUAGAAAAAUAUUUUGGUACAAAGCACAGUGCUGAUCAGCUCAACAGAAUAGCACCAUUGUUUGUUGUGUCAUUGAAAUCCAGUAACAAACACAUUAAAUUAGAAGCACACAAACUUUGGAGGAGUUCUUUUGCAUCUACAAGCUUAUGUAUACCAUCAAAUCUUUUUGAUAUUUUGAAAGAAUGUGGUCUUCCUCCUGCAAGUCUAACAGACCUUCAUGAAAAUAUGGAAGACUCCCUAAGUCUCAGUCCCAAAGAAAAUCUUCCAGCUAAUCAGGCAGGUAGCUUGCUUAAACAUGAUAUUGUAGGGGAAAGAAAACUUCGAGAAUCUCCGAGAGUUAAUUCUCCAUUAUCAGGAAGGCUAAAUCGUAGUACACCGGUUUCCAAAAACAAGAGUAAGCCAAAAACAAAAUUGGAAGAUAUGAAAGAUGAGGACUUUGUGAAGAUUACAUCUCCCAAGCCCAAGAGAAGAGUCCUAACAGAGCAUCAGGUUGAACGAAUGACUGAACGAAGGUCUGACAUCCCUGCCUUAUAUUCUGAGCUCUCUCAAGCUGUCUCACAAGAUAUCCUGCCAUCACAAUUUGCCUCUCAGUAUUCCUUUGAAGACUCAUCAGUUGACAUGAAAAAAGGAAGUUCGUUCAAGAAACCAGAUACAAAUGAUAGUAAGUGCAGUGAGCUAAAGGAAGCUACAGGAGGAAAUAGUAGUGUUAAUAAACCAAGUAUAGAUGAUUUAUCAUUUAAGGGGAAACUAUCUUCAAACACACAAAAUCAACCUGAAAGUGAGAUAGAUGAAGAGGCAAAUGAGUUAGAAAAAAACACUGAACAUAAAAAUGAUGCAGCAAAACCAUUUAGCGAAACUGUUGUAGAUAAUGGGGAGAGAACAGAGCAGUCUGAAGCAAAAACCAAAGAUACUGAAACUUCUGCUGGCUGUGGUGAAUUGGAAUCGAUGAAUGUGAUUGAAAUGUUUGAGAAUACUGAAGGCAAUGAGAUUAACCGAUUAAAAAUACAAAGCAAAAAAGAAAUUAAUGAAAUGUCUAAUGUUGUAAAUGGAACGGCUUCAAAUCCAAAAUUACUGAAUCCAUCGGAAGAAUGUGAUGAACAGGACAAGAGUGAAGAUUCUGAUGAGGACAGUGAAUGUGUCAUAAGAACUGAUAUAAAAACUUAUUCUGGCAAAAAGAAAAAAGAUUUAAGGAGAUAUGGCAGUGGAGAUAGUGACUACACGGAUGAAGACUUGAACGAAGAAUUAAGAAGAACAUCUCUUGAAUUUCAGAAAUCUUUGGAUAGUUUAAGUGAUGAUUCCAAUACAGCAUUAAAAUCAUCCGAGUUUCAUCGAAGGAAAGCAAAGGCACCCACAAAAAAGAAUAUAAAUGAUGUGCGUAAAAGCUUGAAAGGCACAAUUUUGUCCAAGAAAGUAAGUUCAGACACAAGUAAAAUUGACUCCCCUCUUCCAUCUAAGAAGCAAAUGCAAGAACAGAGAAUAAAUUUCAGGGAGGUGGCUGUCUCUCCAAGUGUGAUUCUCGACCGUAAGAUUGCAAAACAAGUUCCAGAAGUAAAACUUAAGGAUGGUGCAUUAUUAGCUAAACAAUUGAAUUCAAAAUAUGCUGUGUCUGACACGGAUUCAGAGGAUGAGAUUCCAGACUCACAAGUAGCUGAGAAAACUGACUUGUAUGUAUCUGUUUUUAAUAGAGAAUCUCCAAUUUCUUUAAGGGGCAAAUCUAUAAGCGUAAUUAGGGACACGAAUAGAAAUACAAAUGAAGUUCCUCGCAAAUUUUCAAGAUCAAAAAGAAAGCGAAAUUCAUCAGAGGAGGAUGAGUUAACAGUUAACCUAGACAAGAAGAAGAAAAUUCAAGACAAAACUCAGCAGUUGCCAAUUGAGAAGCAAAGCUCAAGUGAUGAUUCAGUGUUAAUAAUUGAAGACAAGGGUGGAGAACAAGAGGAGGAUAAACAAGGGCUAUGUCAAAAAAAGGGCAAGGAAAACCAAAAGCAGCAAAAGGUUAUUGAAGAAAUAUCAGUGAUGGCGGCUAGAAAAAUGCCGAAAUCACAAACUCGGCUCACUCGCAAGAAUUCUUUCAACUCCAUGGACAGUCAACCUAGUUCUGAUCAUGCUGGAAGCAAUUUAUCUCCCUGCACCCCAACCAAAGUUACUAGAUCUGGACGGAAGAUUGUAGCUCCAAAUAAAGAUAUGCCAGAGCCUAUGACUCCCCCUAGUUCAAAAAAGCGAAAAUUACAAGAAUCCACAGAAGAAUCUUGUGUAGAUGAUCCUAAAGUAACAGAGACUUUGGCAUCUUCCCUGAAAAUUACUCCGAAGAAGUCCGCCCAGAAGAAAAUUACAGAUUUGUUUAAUAAAAGUGACAAGAAAAUAUCUGAAAUGGAAGCUAAUGAUAACUCUGAUGGCGACACACUCCCUGAAAUGGAUGACUUAAAUGAUUCACAAUAUGACGAUAAAGAUGAUUAUGUUCCAAGAAAGGAAGAAUCAACAUCAACAGAUAGUGAAGUUGAUGCUGAUGAUCAUACACUAGAAGGAAACAAGUCAGUAUUGGUUAUGUAUGAAAAUAUAUCUUCUUCAGUGGCUCAAGAACCUAAACACUCCUCCACAAAGGAGUCCCCAAGGAAGGACACUGGGUCCCUAGGUGAGAAAAGUAAUGAGAGAGAUACUCCUAUCAAAACACUGGAUGAAGAAGGUGAAGGUAGUAGCAGUGACGUAGAUGUAGAUGGUGACGACGGCACUGAUGCAGAAGUCAAGUCUGGUGAUACGAGCACAGUUUGUAAAAGUGAAGAAGAUAUUAAGUGCAAUAAAAUACUUGGAAAAUCCACCAGACAUUCUAAAAUAAAGGAAAACAUUACCUCCAAAUCUGAAAUUGUUAAUGAUAUAAUUCCUUGUGUCAGUAAUUUGUCUGAAGUAAAUGACGUAAUGCAAAUAGGUGAAAGUUUGGAGCCUGAAGGAGAUAGAGAACCACAAACAACAAGUGCUAACGAUGUGCUUUCUCCAGUAAAGGGAAAGAGCGAGGCAGUAAUGCACAAGAAUGAGAACAACACAUUGGAAGACUCUAGUUCUUCUCAAGAUGGUGAGUCAGUACAUGAACAACAAAAUGAAAUUCAUGGAAAUAGUGAUAAGAAGUUAUCUAACUGCGGUGCUGAUAAAUCAGUAACUGCAAAGAAUGGACAAUGUAGAAUAGAGAUUAUAAAGGCAAAUACAAAUGAUCAGGAAUUAAGCAAUAAGUCCAAGAAAUUAGAGAACUUACGAUCUGUGGAGGUAACUAAAGGAUCAGAAACAUCAAGAAAGUCGGAUAAUAACGUGCCUAGUGAAAGUAGUUCAAAAGAAAUUUGCAUUCUAAAUUCUCCAGAAUUAAAUAAUAGAAGUUCAGAAGCAAAGAUAAAUGUUUCUGAGGAGGUAGCUGAAGGUACUUUAGACCAGAAAAAUACAAGAGAGGGGAUGGAUGAUUCAAAUGUAACAUGUAUUGACUAUUCUGAGAAUGAAAAAAAAGAGCUGGUGAAAAAAAAUGACAGGGAUUCAGUGAAGUACAAUAAUAACGUGUCAGAGAAAGUUGAUAAAAACUUGGAAAGCGUUUCGUUUAAAGCUGCUGAAAAGACUCUCUCUGCAUUCAGUAUUACAACCAGGCAGCAAGAGGAAGAACAUUCACCUGAGAAACCUUGCAUGUCAAGACUGAAUUCAGCCGUUAGUACUCCAGAAAGACAAAAGAAAAAGGGUUCAUUUAAGUAUGCUGGGUCUCGAGCAGCAAUGUUGGUUGCUUGUGCUAAGCAGAACAUCAGGAACCGGGAAGCAAAUGAAGGAGACUCGCCAUGUAAAUGUGGAGGAGAUGCAUCACGUUAUCGUCAUAGUGGAUCGCCUAACAGGAGGAGUGCUCCAUGUCGGGUUUCUCCCAGCACGCCACCAAAUCGUAAAAGAAAAUUUGUCGACGGCGAGGGUGGACGUCCUUGGGUGAAAUAUGAACCUUCUCCAGGAGCAUCUCCUUCCACAAGCAUCUUGAAGAAAUCUACACUAGACGAGAGCUUCAAUAAAGAAACGCCUUCGCCGCCGACAAAAUGCAGACGUGUCAGUUUUGCCGACCCUCCAGUCUCGGAACGCGUUGAGAUUCCUCCCUCUCCAACCACCUUGAAGCGCAUUCGAGCACAAAAGAGACUAGACAUGACUAAUGCUUCAUCCCCAGGAAAGGAUAUUGAUUUCCCAUGUAAUAAGGAAUCCCAAGAAGCGGACUCGCCUGCCAUGUUAGACUGCAGCCAAGCCUUGUAUCCAUCUCUAACCAGUUGCAAAGAUAAGGUUGACCAAGUGGCCCACCUACUAACCUCUCCUGCAUUAGUUGAGGGAUUGAUGGCUGUUCUUGAAGAACUGGGAGUGCGUACUGUUGGUGAAUUAAGCCAGCUGACAGAAGCUGAUGUAAACAAGUUGCCAGUGCGGGCACCAAAAAUUGCAGCAACUGUGAAAAUUCUAAAAAUGUAUGAAGAAACAGCACUACGGGAAGGUAAGAAAUCACCAGAACCACCGUUGGAUGAAGUGGAAGCUCAGUUAAGUGAAAUAUUUGGCGAUGUAGACCGUGAAGACAAGGAGAACCAGCGACCCAAUAACCAAGACCAUUUCCAGGAGAGCAGAAAAUCUGAAGGUGACAUCUUGGAGAAUGAGGAAAUGAGCGAAAAUAGAGAGAGUAAUGUUAUUGGUGAUGUGCCUUCAGUAAUUAAUGAUAUUUUGGAAAUAGAUGAUAUCACACCCUUAGAUGCUUCACCUGAUGAUUUGGUUCCUGAUAAUGUAAUAGCAGUGUUUAAGAAGACUAAUGAAAAUCCUAAGUUCCUUGAAUCAUUGGCCGACAAUUUGAACACUGAUGCUAUUAAAACUCUCUUCCCGAGAUUUAUGAACAAAUUACAGUAUUCAUUUGUUAUUGACAGUUUUCAUAAAUAUUUAAAAUCCAGAAAUAUAGCGGAUGAUACAUGAAUGUAAGCUUGGUUAAUACAGUGUACAGUAUAGAGGACCUCUGUUGACAGGGCCUCUUCAGGCUCCUUUUUGUAUAAAUGUGAAAAUUAUUCUUGAGAAUAAUUCUGAAAAAAAUAACUUUUUUUUUUUUUGUAUUUUGUCUGAUAUUGAUAGUGUAUAUUGUAUUUGUAUUAUAUAAGGAGUACAAAGCUUUAAUAGUCUGCUACAUAACAACUUGGUCACAACGUUGCCCAGAUGUGGUUGACACUUAAGAUUAAUUUUGUCUUUACUUAUAGCAUUAUACUUAGCACCUCAUAUUUUCUGUAAAAUGAAUAAGCCUAUUUGUAUUUCAUUAUACUCUAAUAAAGCACAACUUAAUGAAUUUUUUUAUAUUCUGGUUAUACUGUUUUUAAUUGAACAAUUUUAAGAUGUGAAUUUUGUUGAUACCUUUAAAAAAUUAUUUUUUAUUAUACAGUAUAUUCAUACAUUUAAUUAAUUGGUAUAACUAAAGACUAAUAAUUGUAUUACAAUAUAUAAAAAUGUUACAUUCCCUCAGUAAAGCUUUUAUAGUUAAGUAAUUACUUAUACUUAACCUAUUUAAAUCAUAACAAAAUUAUUGGAUUUAAUUUGUGGAAUAUUGAAUAUUGGGCAUGAUAUUCAGACAUUUUGAAUAUCCCACAACACAGAUGGUGCUAAAUAGUCUUCCUGGUUUAGUGCCUUCUUUUAACAGGUACUUUUGGAAAAUUUGAUAAGUAAUAUUUGUUUUCCAGGCUCUGAUCUUUGGUUAUGUCUAUAAAACAUUAACACAAUUGACCAGGUAAAUACUGUACUGUACUGUCUGGCUAAAUUUGACUAAAUUGUAAUUCUCAAAUUUUUUUUAGGGAGGUCAUCUUUUGAAAGAUUGGAGCUUUGGAAGGCUGCCGGUUAACAAUUCACUUGUAUAUACAAGAAUAAUCACACAAAUGCAUGAUUCAGUUAUGCAUAAGUACCCACAUAGGAAAAAGAAAACAAUUAAUCUCUGUAUUCCUUGGAAAUUGUUGAAUCACAAAAGUUCUCUGAUUAAUUUUUGUUUCUUAUGCACGUGUAUAUGUCUGUGUUGGAGUUUGUGAGUGAAUGGCAAGAAUAAAAAGAAUCUAGUGCCAGCA